AUAAUACAGUGUGAGGAUUCACAAAGAAACAAAAGAGGGGAAAAAGCAAAGUGAGAGAAAAAGAUGACCAAAGACCUAUUGGCCUUUGUGUGACAUUAUUUUCUUUUUUGUUGCUUGUGUAAAUGUUUGGUCUUGAUGAUGACUAUUGAGGUUUCAUGUCGGUUCUCAGAUAUGAGGGAUUCUUGCUGAAAAAAAGUUGCCUUUUUUUUUCUCUCUUCUUUGGAUCCUUACUUUAUGGUAGAGCUGUAAGUUGCCAAGACAAAGAAAACAGUUUCUGGGGUUGGUUAAAAAUUGAAUCUUGAGCUUUAGAGUUUAUGUUAAUGGUGGAUACAAGCUGAAACCAAUCAAGGAAAAAAAAGAUCUCUGUGCUAAAGAAGAGUUCAAGAAUAUCCAGUAACAAAGUUAUAAUGGCAGAUUAUGGUUCUAUACCAUCUCCAACAGAUAACUGUAGAAAAACCUCUUCCUCUUUUUUUGGUUCACCGAGGUUGUUCACUGGUUUUGCUACAAAGGGCUUUCCUGAUACUGAGUCUAUAAUGAGUCCUACUUCAAUACUUGAUAGUAGUAAACCUAUAUCUGCUUUUAGAAACCCUUUUUGGUCUGAUUCUAACUCAAACACUCCAAGAUCCCCUAAACCAGAUAGUAGAGUUCAUUGGGAGAAACUUGACUCAAAAGGGGUUGGUCUUGGCCUUGUUGAUGCUCUCAUUGAUGAAAAAUCUGAUUCCAAAGAAUUGAAUCCUGUGAGCAGAAUGGUUGUUUUUGGCUCACAGUUGAAGAUUCAGAUCCCUACUACUUUGCCUCCCUCUUUUCAUUCCCCUACUGAUUCACCACCUUCUCCUGGUGAUUUUGGUAUCAAGACCAGAAAUUCUCAUUUAGGUUCUUUCUCCCCAUCUCAUAUGAAGAAAUCUCCAUUUGGGUCUUCAAAUUCUAACAUGGACAUCCCAAAUUCACCAGGGGCAUUCAGUAGUAUCUCUGCCGCUGAGAUGGAGCUUUCUGAGGACUAUACUUGUGUCAUUUCAUAUGGUCCAAAUCCAAGAACCACUCACAUAUUUGAUGAUUGCAUUGUUGAGAGCUGUUGUGGUGUUGUUAAGUACUCUGCUUCAAGAAAAGAAAAUGAGCAUUUUCCCAGUCUGCCGAUGAGCUAUCCCUAUCCCUCUGAGAGCUUUCUCAGCUUCUGUCACUCUUGCAAGAAAAAUCUUGGAUUAGGGAAAGACAUUUACAUGUACAGAGGUGAGAAGGCAUUUUGUAGCAGUGAUUGCAGAUACAAAGAAAUGAUGUUGGAAGAGGGAAUGGAUAAACCAGAGACCGAUGAUGUAUAUGGUAUCAUUUCCUGAUAGUAACUGAGUCACUCAAGGCUGAUGGCAAGUUUUAUCUGUAGUAUAACUUGCAAAAAAGAAGAGAAGGUGUUAAGACUUGAGUGACUAUUGCAGAUUGAAAAACUGUUUUUUGUAAAUUGGCAUAAUUGAAUCUGUUUAGAUGUAUCUGUCAUUUUUUUGCCUUAUUUUUUUGUUUUUGGUUUAGGGGUAAGAAAAUGUCUUUGUUGAGGAACAGGAAAGCUGAUGAGAUAAUAUUGAAGUGAUUGAUGAAUUUUUAUUUGAAAGAAAAGAUGUAGUAGGUGAUUAUGGUGUCUGACACUACUUUGUAGUAUGCUUUUUGAAAGUUUAUAUAAUGAUGUUGAUUGAUGAUGUUA